AUGAUAGACCACGUUCUCGGAAGACCUUCGACUCGAUUUCGCAAGAUCCAAGUCUUUGCGGUCGUCUCGUUCUGGUCUUUCUAUCUACUACGAGCUGAUAAACAUGGACCACCGUUGAUUCGGUCAAUUUCAUCACACUUCACGGGCAAAUUAACCAGCUGGCAGACGACAGUCAUCAUCUUCCUUUGGCUCUAUGUGAGCCGCAACUUUGCCAAGAUCGUAGGCUUGGAAUGCCCGGAGCCUCUAGCAAAUCUCUAUUCUCGAUCCUUCUUCCGUGCAACAUGGAUCACCACUGGCUUGGAUGCUGGCUUUUGGACCGCAAUGAAAAUCAAGCCUAAAUGGCUGCGCGAUUUGGCGUCGCUAGUCUUCACGGUCUACUAUCUCAUCGCGGCAGAACAAGCAGAUGAGAAGGUGCGGCGGGUUCGGGGUACACUCACAUUGGAGCACCUUCGUGUAUCUUGGAACAAGGCGACAAGCCCUUACCUAUGGUUUCUGGCGAGCUUGGUUCGCCCUCGACUUACCCGCUAUGGCCCACGGGCUAUUCGGAUUCCCCGGCCUAAGCACUCGGCUUAUACUAAGUCGGUUCAUAACGAGCCGAUCAAUGCGUGGCUGUAUUUUGAUGGGCCGCUAAGUACAUUGAAAGAUCAAACUUCUCUAGUACUGGAUGUUCCCGGAGGAGGAUUUGUCGCCAUGGGACCACGCAACUCGGAGGAUAAACUACUUUCCUGGGCGGGACAACUGAAAGUUCCAGUCUUGAGCAUCGACUACAAGAAGGCUCCCGAGUUUGCAUAUCCAUACGCGCUCCAUGAGUGUUACGAUGUGUAUCAUACUAUCAUGGCGACCAACGGCCGCUGCAUCGGGCUGAGUGGCUCGACACGCCCUCGAGUCGUUGUGACUGGUGAAAGCGCCGGCGGUAACCUUGCUGUCGGCAUGACACUGAUGGUUCUGCAAUCAGCGCAGGCUGACAACGCUCUUCCUCGCCCAGUUGGGCUUGUGCUAGCGUAUCCAGCACUGAACGUCAGGGUCGAAAGCUGGAUGACGGACGAGCAAAUGUCCUUGAUUCAAGAUAAGAGCUCCCGUCAGACAAAUAGCAGUGUGUUGCAACGAAAGCAGGACCAAUACCGCAAGCUCACGCCUUACACUUCACCUGGUCGCUCUGUUGAGAACUUGACUGAGAAGCAACCAAAGCAAGAAGCCACAGAAACCGAUAUAGCUGCGGAGACCUCAAAAGCACUACGCGAUAAGUUAGAGAAGAGUGAGCAUAUCAGUGGGAAGGCCGCUACCGAGACCAAUCCACUUAAAACCCGACUUGCUGUCUCCUCUAUGAUCUCGUAUGUCCACGAUCGUAUUCUCACUCCUGAGAUGAUGCGUGCGAUGGUUAUCCUCUACAUCGGGCCACAUCAUCGGCCAGACUUCAAUACCGAUUUCUUCCUCUCCCCUGUUCUUGCCCCGGACGCUUUACUAGCUCAAUUCCCGAAGACAUACAUCUUGACUGGGGAGCGAGACCCACUCGUCGAUGAUACCGUCAUCUUCGCAGGCAGACUACGACAAGCAAAGCUUCACCGUUUCCAUGAACGCCAAGAUCUCGGGCUCGAACAGCGCCAAUUCAACGAGAAAGACUACGUCGAAGUCUCUCUCAUCCCAGGAGUCUCCCAUGGCUUCAUGCAGAUGGCUGGAUUCUUCCCUGAUGCAUGGAAGUAUAUCAACCGCAGCGCACGUUGGAUCGAGAGCCUAUUUGAGAAUCCGGACCUACAAAGCUCCGAAUAUAGUCUUCUUCAACUCUCUCAAUCUCAAAUCCCGAACCUUAAACCCCCGGGGAGGAUCAGAGGUCUUUCUCAGAGCAACGCAAAUGCAACGAAGAAUCACCACCGCAGUUUCACGGGUGAAUCCUCGACCGACGAUGAUCGGCCACUUGAGAUGGGCAUGAGCAGAAUCACACCUGUUGCGUCUUCAACAACGGAUCUCCCACUACGACGCAGAAGAUCCAAGUCUUCAUUCGCUUCCACACAGUUAAGCGGUCUCACAACUCUAGGUAAUGACUCCAGCGAUAUGCAUGAGUUCCGCGCGAAACUCAAACGUUUGGAAAUGAGUCGUCAGGAUCCAGACUUCCCCGAUGAAGUCAACAGCGCUCCUGAAAGUCCGGUUGCUAUGCGACCUCGCGGACGGAGUAUCGCGUCGCUUGAUAGCGAGGAGGAUAUCUUGGAUCGGAGAAUGAAUGGGAUUGCGGGGGGUUUGAUGGGUCUGGGGGAAGGUGCUCAGACACCGGGGGCAUAA